UUCUGGAUCCGCCCCUGCCUUUAUCUUCUUAAAAAUAACAUUUUUCUCCUUUGAAUUGUAUUAGAUUGUGCAAAAAAGAUGUGGUAUGAUUCCAGUGAGACAACUCUCCACAAGAGACAUAAAUGACACAUAAGUUAACAACCAUUGUUAACCGUACGGCCUUCAUCAAUGAGCACAGCCCAUACCGCAUAUAGCUGUAUAGCUAUAAAUAACCCCCUAAAUGACAAUCAUAUACAAUUCAAAUCUCAAAGGAUUUCCAUUGUUGAGUAUUAAUAGGGACUGCUUAAUUUACGGUCUUAGAGAAACUAAUGCUUUGGAUAAAAUGUAAAGGGCGUUGCUUCCUUUAAACAACAGUUGUAUUGGCAUAGAACUACAGCUACGUUUUGACUUUAAAGAUAAACAAUAUUAUUUUGUUUUAUAUGUAUAAAGUCAAGUGUAAGAAAUUACCAUUUACAACAACGCGUAUCGCGGUAUAACUUUGUUUUGUUAUAUUUGAUUUUUAAACUCGCUGUAAAACAUUUUUUGCAUUAUAAUUCCUGUAUAUGAAGAGUAGAAUUUGAAACUAAAAACUUGUCUAUGAAACAAAAACCUUGGAGAAGUGAUUGAUUUUGAUUUAAGAAAUACACACUGUUUGAUAUAACAAUUGAAUGUAUGACUCUUCAAUUUUAGAUAAUCGACUUGGGGCUGUACGAGGUACAGUAUGGGUCGAAGAAACAAGUUGCUACGGCAGUUGUUUUAGCCAGUGGGACCGAGACGGACAUGACGGCAAAAAAACUUGAGAGAGAGAUUGUUGAAGACAGAUCACCAACACCUUCACCAGCUCAAUCACCAACCCCAUCACCAAGAUCACCCACUCCACCACCUAGUCCUCCAACUCCACCACCUAGGUCCUCAUCCAACAGACAAAGUGACAAGAUGCCAACCCUACGAAUACCAGCAAGGCGAAGGAAGAACACCAACAAACAGCAAAAGAAGAAAUCAACACCUGGCAAUGUGAUCUUAACAGGGAGUCCUCCAUCAUCAUCCGACGAGGAGCAGCCACCCCCAGCUCCUGAAAUAUUGACCCCUCAACCACCAACACCUGCACCGGCACCAGUACCUGCACCAGGACCAACACCUGCACCUGCACAUGCACCAGGACCAGUACCAACACCAACACCAUCCCCAAUUGCACCCAACAACAUAUUCCCAGACGACCACCGGAUAUACAGACUGUUCGACGUCAUGAUUUCCGGCCAAUCAAGACUUUUCGCCAUGAUGACAAAUUUUGAUAAGCGUCUGAAAGCCAUGGAGACCGAGCAACAGAAACUGCACGCCAAGCAGGAUAAUUUAGAACGAUUACUUACCACACAGAGGCAGGCAACACCAGGACUUCUGGCUGUUGGUAGUGACACUGAGAGUGAUGAAGAAAACACCAUCCCGGCAGACAUGAAAAUUCCAGAUGAUAGACUCUUAAUUCUUAAAGACCGAGCCCAUUCUGCCGGUAAUUUUGCCUCCAUAUUGUUAAAAGAACUUAUGCCACACCUUUUCGGCGAUCAAAAUCUAAGAAACAUGUAUAAUUGGAACGGGGGCGGUAUCAACGCAAAAAGAGAAGUGUGCCCACGGGCUAAGUUAGCCGUAAGGCAAUAUGUGAACCACUACUACCCAGAAUGCCGGAAAGAGGAGACCUUCCGAAAUGUGGUAGUUCACAAGGUGCUUAUAAUUGUAGAAUGA